UUGUAGAAUUUGAGUCUGAAAUGUCUGCUGAUCGCAUAGGAGUUUGGUACACCCUUCACGAUCAAUGUCCUGCCUAUAGCAUAUACAGGCUGGACACUCCUCGAUGUGUUUCAGUCACACCACAAAUGUUUCCUAAUGAAGCCAUGCCUGAUUUGGCAUUUGCUGGGGCAUCUGUUAAGACCUGUCCAUUUGGCAUUCCUGAACAUACCACGUCCCCAUUUUACCUGACAAUGGGGAAAAAACCCUAUCUGUUCUUAACCAUUUCCCCAUGGUUCGUAAUUCCCGAGUUCCUGACGGUCAAUAAAGAGGGUGACAUCAUCAAGGCCAGGUGGCUUGGUGCGUCGCCAACAGUCAUGUUGACCAAUUUGCCCGAAGAUUCAUUCAAACACGAAGAUGUAGCCAAGUUUGCAUGGCCAUUUAUUUCUCAAAAGGACCUUCUGUCUCUGUACUACAAUGUAAUUGUGCUGCCGCUCCAGAGGAGGACCUUUGUUUAUUUUAGUGAUUGGGAUGCAUGCUGCCGCUUCGUCCGAUGCCACUUGUGUGAUCCUACCUGUAUGGUGAAUGACCGCCGGCUCGCGCUGCACUUUGUCCUGCAGCCCAUGCAUGUUCAAAACACCGAGGAGAACAUGUACAGGUCGCUGAUGCAGCUAAGCAACUCUCGAAUUGGUGAGGUAGAGUCCCUGGCCGAGCGCCUACUAUGUGUAGAGAUCAGUUUUUACCUAAAAGACAACAUCACACAUCUUCUACAUUGGAUAUCCAGCCAUGGCGACAUCGUCAACUUCCUCCCCUUGGCAAACCGGAUAUGCAUCGAGAUGGCCGACUCCGUGGGACAUGCGCGCGUGCUGGAGGAAUCCAAACAUUUUCGCACCAAUUUCCCGGUUGCCCAACCACGUUCCAGGGAAGCAAGUUCUUGGAAGGUGUUGUUUAAUAGCAUUCAUAGCCUGAACUUGCACCUUCAGGAUCAAAGUGUGUUUACAUUGGAUCACAAUGGGAAGCGUGAGUACAGGAGCAUGAAUGUCAGCUCAACCGCUGCACGCACUGCAGCUCCAUCAAUUGACUCUGAACAACCCAAAAUGAAGCACGUGUCAGAAUCACAGGACUGUAAGAAAACAGAAUGUUGUCCAUCUCUGCGUGAUUCUGAUGUGACGCUCACCGUAUGGAAAAGCACGUGGAAAUUUCUGCGUCCACACAGGAUUGUGGAAUUCAGACGCACCGACCUCCAUAAAAAAAUAUUGAAGGGAGAGAAGGGGCAGCAGCUGUUAAUCUCCAAACUUCCCGGUGAUCAGCGCAGCUACUGCGUGCAAGACAUUAUCCAGUUACUCAAGUCGUUUAGCGUUGAUUCCUCAGUUGAUAUGAUCUACGUUCUUCCUAAAUCAAGGAUGGCACUUGUUGAGGUGAUGAAACAGAAGGAAGUGUUUACUGCCUUUAAGGCCUGGAAACCCGAAAUGCUCACUAUCAAAGAACAGGGUUUGGAAAAAGCCUUCUAUCAUUGGGUGAUGAAGCAGAUGCAUUUCCCCGUGGAGAAGAAAAGCUCCAGAACCAUCUUAAUCGAAGGCAUCACACUGAGAGAGACGGCCAGUCUCCGUGAAGCUUUGCGAAAGAUUGGCGGUGUCAAACAUUUUCUGCCGCUCCACGACAAGGUCUUUGUUGAAUUUGACUCUGACGAAUCUGCUGAUCGCCUUGGAGUUUGGUACAACCGUCACCAUCAAUGUCCUGCCUACAGAAUAUACAGGCUGUACAAGCCUGAAGGUGUUUCAAUUGCACCACCAAUGUUUCCGAAUAAGGCCAUGCCUGACUUGGCAUUUGCCGGGGCAACUGGUGAGACCUGUACAUUUGGCAUUCCUGAACUCACCACGUCCCCAUUUUGCCUGGCAAAUAGGGAAAAACCCUAUCUGUUCUUCACCAUUUCCCCAUGGUUCAUAAUUCCCGAGUUCCUGACCGUCGAAAAAGAAUGCGACAUCAACAAGGCCAAGCAGCUGGGUGCGUUGCCAUCAGUCAUGUUGACCGAUUUGCCUGAAGAGCGCUUCAAACACGAAGAUGUAGCCAAACUUGCGUGGCCAUAUUUUUCUCAGAAGGACCUUCGGUCUCUGUACUACAAUGUGAUUGUGCUGCCGCUCCAGAGGAGGGCUUUUGUGCAUUUUAGUGAUUGGGCUGCGUGCUGCCGCUUCGUCCAAUGCCACUUGGGUGUUCGUACAUUUAGGGUGAAUGGCCGCCAGCUUGGGCUGCACUUUGUCCUGCAGCCCAUGCAUGCUCAAAACACCGAGGAGAACAUGUACAGGUCGUUGAUGCAGCUAAGCAACUCUCGCAUUGGUGAGGUGGAGUCCCUGGCCCAGCGUCUACUUUGUGUAGAGAUUACCUUGUUCCUCCAAAACAACAUUAUACUUCUUCUACAUUUCAUCUCCAGAGAUGCUAAGGUUGUCAACGUCCUCCCAUUGGCCAACCGGAUAUGCAUUGAGAUGGUAGACUCGGUGGGAGUUGCGCAUGUGCUGGAGGAAUACAAACAUUUUUUAGUCAGUCCAAGAUUCAGAAGAAACUGGAAAACAAUUAAAAGAUUUGAAAGCAUUGAAAGCCUGAACCAGCGCCUUCAGGAUUCAACUGAUAUCACCCUGGAUCUCGGGGAGGACGGUAAAGACAGAAGCAGCAAGGCCAACCCACCUGCUGCAGUUGAACCGACAGUGGACUCUGGGCCUACUGCCGCUCCCUCUGUUAACUCAGAACAACCCACAGCGAGGCUCAUGUCAGAGCGUGUAGAAAUGGCAACUGAAGAGGAAUGUCAGAAAACAGAAUGUUCAAUUGAUGGGGAGCCCACUGCCAUUCCUGAGUUUCAGGACGAUAAAGAGAAUGUUUCAGCAAAGGUGGAAGAUGGCCCACUGUCAGCUUCACUCUGUGUUGACAAUGAGACCCUACUGCCUACAGUUGGCAGUAACGAUGAGACAGCUGUACAGAGAGAAGAGGCUCUCACUGUUCAAGACACGUUGGUCCUCGGUAAAGAUGAAACCCAUGUGAAACGUGAGGACGCAAUGGUGGAAAACAAUAAUGUCACUCUUUGUGAUCAGCAACCCUUUGACAUUGAUGACAUUGUCACAAUCAGUGAAGUUAGUGACCAAGAAGACAGCAGCGGUGAAGCCCCCUCUCAUUCCGAGAGACCUUCUUUCUCUCCUGAUUCUAAACAGAACAAAACAAGAGCCUCAAAAGAGUCUAAGAACUCUAAAUCAUGCUCUUCAGCUUCCUCAAGGACCACCAGAAGCUCAUCAAGAAGGACCCUCUCAUCAGGGACUGUGUCUUCACCCGUUAGAGAUUUCACCAGAGCCCAAAGUAAAGCCAAAAAAUCAAAGGAUUCAUCCCAGGGAUCAAUAACACAGCAGACUCCCACUACUUGCGAAGAAAAGAAUUUGCCGAUCAUGCUUGGUGAUGACCAGAAACCUCUUUCAGAGGAGAAACAUGAUGUAUCGAAAGAUGGCCCCUUUGAGCUUCAAGAAGUAUCUAAGCAGGGACACAUUAGUACUGUUGACAAUGCUGAAAAAGAGCCGAUUGCACCAGUUGACGCACCAAACCUUGAAGAGCAGAACAAGAGCCAAAGAGGAAAGGAAAUGACUGACAUGAAGGAAGAUGUAGACAAAGAGCAGAUUGCAGAAUCCCACUCUGCAAUCGAGGAUGUGGUUGAGGAUCAACCCUCAGCUGACCAUGACAGUCAAUUCAGAGAGGCCAAAGAAGACACGGCUUUCUCGGAACAUAAAGACAAAGAGGAAGAAGCAGAAGCAUACCAGGAGAUUGAUUCUGUGAAGGAUCAUCCAGCUUCCACAGACAAAGAGCAGACUGUCUCAGAACCAUCUAAGAUUCAAGAGUGUAAAGAGUCUCCAAAGAAGCAGGUGCGCAUCACUGCCAAAACUCCUGAGCCUGAGAAGUACCUCAUGGUUGAUCCUGUACAAGCUAAUGAUUCUGGUAACACUCUUGUGUUUGGUAGAAGACGGAGCACCCGGGAAAAGACACAAGAGCAAACUGCCAAAACAUUUGUCCCAGACUCUCUGGAAGAGGAUGCUUGCAUCACCACGAGGACUACCAGAAAAAGAGGAAGGCCGCUUAAGAAAGGCACAGCUCGUGAAGAAGAAACAACUGUUUUAAGAACGACAUCUGCUUCGAGCACAUCACCUGAAACUGCAAAGAAGAAAGCACCAAUCAAGGUGAUUGUCGCAGAGGAACCCACCAAUGAGAUCCUGGACCGCAUUAAAGAUCCAGCACCAAAAAGAAAAGGAAGAAAGGGAAAACCUAUGAAAAAUGUGAAAAGGAUGAAAAUAGAAAAAAGGACAUAGCUGAUGAUGAAGAAGCAGCAACAGCAACAUUUGAGGUAUUGGACAUCUACUAGGAAGACCCAGAGUUGUUCCAAAAAUGGAAAAUGUUACCGACAGGAUGUCUCCCGUAAGAGAUGGGGGAACCACAAACUGAAUUGGGAGGAAAAGCAACAAGAUGGGAAAACAAACUAGAGGUUGACAUCAAAGAGCCUUCCCAAACGCAGACAAAGACACAACAACACACCAAGAAAGACGACACGUCGCCUGAUUUGCCUAACUAAAGUCCGCUAGCUUAAAUGCUACGAAUGCUAACGUUUUUACAAUUCUCAUAGCAAAUCGCUCACAUAUAACGCCACAAACUGCAAACUAAUUACAAAUGCAUACACAAACACGUAUUAGCGGAAACAACUUACAGCCUUAUGUGAGCGCAGCUGUCCUUGUUUAGCCAUGUCAGACGAGUCUGCUGACUCUGCUCAUUAGUCAAUACAAGUGGAGAGUCCAGCCAGACCCAACACUACCACCAGAAGGCAGUGUA